AAAAUAUAUGCUUCAGAUGAUAUUAGUCGUAAGGAUAAUAUGCAGAACUGGGUAGGAUUCAGUAGUAUUGAUGAUACAAAGAUUCUUUCUAGCAAUGAUGUGACAAAAGUUUUUAAACAAUCACAGGAAAAAAUUGUUAAAAUCCAAAAAGAUGUCUUGCUACUCUUUGGCUUUAAAUCUCAAGCUAAGAGAACUCCUGAUCUCAAAGCUAUAGUAAAAUUGAUUAAUGCAAUAGCAAGAAAUUGGUAUAAUGGAGCUAGGCUUAUAACUCAAGAAGAACUAAUGGAUAUAAAGUCGAAUACUUCUAAUUAUCACCUUAUAACUCCAAUUCUUCUAUCAUAUAAGUCAGAAUCAAUUAAUAAAACUCAAAAACUUUUCGAUUCAAUACCUGUUACUACUGAUAUAGCUAUUCCAAAAUCUAGUAAUGAGGUUUGUAAAGAAAGUUCUUACAAUAAUAUAGUUAAGAAAUCUGUAACAAAUUUGUCACAAUUGUCUUCUUUAGUAUUAACUCAAAAUCAAUUGAAUGAUGCAGAGCAAUUCUCAAAUAUUACUGAAACUAAGAAAGAGAUAUCUGAAUCCUUAGAUAUGAUAUGCUCACCUCUAGCAAUUUCUCUAUCUUCAGAAUUUCUUAUUAAAAAUGAAUCUGAUAUAAAUAUACUUAUCUACUAUUUACAACAAAAAUUUCAAAUAUCUCAAGAAAGAUUAGAAUAA